UCAUCGCCUACGAAAUCUAGGGUUUUCAAGAAUCUGUGAGUGUUUAUAACGCCGCUCGUCCUCGUCUUUUAGCUCCUCACGCCAGAGCAAUCGAAAAAUCAUGGGUUUCGCUGCGAUCUGGAACUCUCAUCCUAAGAAGUACGGCCCUGGCUCCCGCACCUGCCGUGUGUGCGGAAACUCGCAUGGGCUAAUCAGGAAGUAUGGACUUAACUGUUGCAGACAGUGCUUCCGCAGCAACGCCAAGGAAAUCGGAUUCAUCAAGUACCGUUAAGAGAUCCGGUGUUUAUGGCAGGGCAGCUGUUUGGUUUUUAAGCUUUUGAAACUUUCAUUUUAUAUUGUAAUGGAUCUUAUAAAUGUUCUAUGAUUUCUAUAAGACAAUUGAGUUGUUGAGCAUUUUUAGCUUCUAUGUUUUAAUCCAAAAUCUUGGCUCUACAA